CCUUCAUACGCAGUACGCACAUGUGUCAAUCUGCCAAAAAUGUAAACAAAAAACAAACGAAAAAAGCCGGGCAACUUCCAAAGAGGUUCCGCCCACUUUUCAUCCGCCGGCUGCCGCAGCCGCACAGCUAUAAACUAAUCGACCGCCUGAUUGUGAGCGCUGUAAAAUGGACCAGGCUGCGGUUCAUCAACUUUGUGUGCAACUGAUCGGCGCUGUGGAAGUGUCUCUGGAUCCAAACGCCAGCAUGGCAAAGAGACGAGAGGCAUACGAGGCUUGCGAGCAGUUUAAAGAGACGUCUCCUCUGUGUGCACAAUGCGGACAACUGCUGGCCCAGCUGCCAAAUCCAGCCAUCAUUAGACACUUUGGUUUGCAGCUGAUGGAGCACUGCAUCAGACACCGAUGGAACGUACUCUCGCUGGACGAGAAAGUGUUCAUCAAGGAAAGCAGCAUGGCCCUUAUGCGUCAGGGGACCCUUCCAAUGUUUGAAGAGCAGCCGCACAUAAAGGAUGGGAUCUCAAGGCUGAUUGUUGAGAUGGUCAAAAGAGAGUGGCCGCAGCAGUGGCCCAGUUUCCUCAUGGAGAUGGACAAGUUGUGCAGUCUCGGGCCCACCCAAGCAGAGCUGGCUCUGUUGGUUUUCAGACGCUUGGCGGAGGAUGUGGCUGUUUUGCAGACCCUCGAAUCAAACCAGAGAAGGAAGGACAUACACCAAGCCUUGAAUGCCAACAUGGAGAGCAUCUUUAGAUUUUUCUUGCAAAUCAUUAACAAAAAUUUAAAGCUCAUUGGAAAUGCGGAGAACAAUAAAGUUCCCCUGAAACUCUGUGAGGUUGUUUUAAAAACACUAAGCGCUUUUGUCGAAUGGGUUUCGUCCUCAACGUUGGUAUAUGACGAUGGGCAGCUUCUGCACUCAUUGUGUGCAUUAUUGAAAGACUCUCAAAGCGAACCUGUGUUAUAUGCCGCAGCUGAAUGUCUUGUCCAGAUUUUAAACAGGAAAGGUUCCUGUGAAGAACGUCUGUUUGCCGUUCUUCUCCUACAAAGUCCACACACCAUGGAGUGCAUUUGCAUGACUGCAGAAAGAGCCCUGAGCUGCCCACCGAAUGAGCCAUCGUACCUGUUCCUAAAACUUUUGACCCAGGUGGUCACUGGUCUUGGAUCACAGAUGCAGUAUCUGCUGGCCAAAGAUCCAAACUCGUCAGUGCCAGCUAACUUUGGCGUUUUCCUGGAGGUGCUCAUGCUCCUCACCCAACACCCAAGCCAGGUCAUUACCAAGGAGUGCAAUUCCUUAUGGGCCUCAUUCUUCAAAAACGAUCAUUUAUCAAAAAAUCCCGAAUUCAUCAAGUAUGCCAAGAGAUGGAUCGAACUAGCAGUGCCAAAGUGCAUGAAAAUUGGUGUACCUGGACACAUUGAAUGUGCUUCGUCGGUUUACGCUACCAUGGAUUUUGACAGCGAAGAAGAAUUUUUGACGUUUUUUCACCGAUUCCGGGCCGACGUCCAAGAAUGCUUGCACCAAGUCACCCUCAUUCUGCCAUUAGAAGCGUUUGAAUGUGCCAGUAGGUGUUUGAGGACGGUUAUGUCAAAAAAUCCACCCACAGUGUGCACCAUUCUGACACCUCUGGUGAUUGAAUGGGAAGCUGUAACCAUAGUUUUGGACUCGGUACUCAACAAAAUCUUGCACUGUGUAACGCGUCCCUCACCAGCUGCAGGACUCAACUUGAUCAACGAGUGUCUGCAAUACGAAAACAACGAUCCUUUUAUCAUGUCUUUCCUGCUCUCGAGCAUUUCUGCUCUGUUUGUGUUCCUCAGUAUGGACCAAUCUUGUGCUGCCAUGUUGCCGCAAGUUCUGCAGAAGAUUUUCUCCGCCCUGGUUUUCUCCCUUCCUGGACAGACCAAAGAUCGGAGGACGAGAGCAGUGAAAAACGUUAGAAGACAUGCCGCCUCGUUGAUGGUCAAACUUGCUCAAAAGUACCCUUUACUUCUGCUUCCACUGUUUGACGAAAUCAAAGUCACCUUCAACAACUUGGCCAAAGCGCCAGACCAACUCUCUCAACUGGAAAUAGUCACACUGCAGGAGGCGCUAAUUUUAGUGAGCAACCACUUCAACGACUACCAGCGUCAAACUAUUUUCAUCUCCGAAAUUAUGGAGCCGAUCUCUUCUCUCUGGAUCUCCUUAGGUCCUAUCUUCAGCAACGUGGGCACGUUUAUGUCGUAUGUUGGCCUGGACAGACCACCCGUUGAACCCAGCACUGAAGACACCAACGGACAAAAUCGCUCUCAGAUUAUGCGCUGCACCAAAUUGCUGUUUGCAAUUACUAGAAGAUGUCUGUGGCCAACUGAUCCCGAACUUCAAUCGAAAGGUGGAUUUAUUGCUUACCAAACGCCUGCUGGGAUUCCCGUGCAGAGAAAUCCAGCAACGCCACACUUCUUGCCUCUUUUACCUCAGUUGCUGGCCCUUUGCAAGACUUUGAAUGAUCUCUGGAAACCAGAAGCUUUAGCUGCACUUUCUGAGGGCUACCGAAAGGCUCACGAAAUGGUUGAGGAGUCAAGGAGAAAUGCUCUUGGAGCCAGCAUGGCUUGGACCUUAGCAGAGUCCGUCGAACAAAAGCCUCAGUCUCCUCUUGAGCGAAUGCAAAACUUUUUAACCACCCUGCACGAGCACUGCUACCUCAUUCUCGGAGCCGCAGGGGUUUCUUUUGGCCACGACUUUUACAGCAUUCCUAUGCUAACUGAGAAUUUGGUUUCAAGCGCAUUUACAGACCUUGACCCUGUGCCCGAUUACAGGCUGAGGUCCCUCAUUCGUCCAUUCUUGAAGUCAUUCAUCUCAUCAUGCCCUUCGAGCUACUAUCAAAUUCUGACUCCCGUUCUAUCAUCCAUUUGCCCAUACAUGUUCCAAAGACUGACCAAUAAGUGGCAGCACAUUGCUAGCCUCUACGAUAACGGAGAAAUUGAAAACCCUGAAACCUGCGAUGCUCAGUGCUGUGAGGCAGUUUUGGAGGACAAUCUCAAUAGACUGCUGACACGAGAGUACUUCGACCUGCUGAGGGCCGUGCUCAUCGGGUCUAGUCCAGGCCUGGCAAUUGUAUCUGAUGACAUUAUGGAUGUUGCCAUGGAUAGUGGACCCAUUAAUGUGAAAAGUUCAGAAGUCAUUAGUGAUUUGGGCCGACAAAUGCUUGCAACUGAUAUUAUUUGCCAGUCGAUGUUUGUCUGCAUCUUAAGGUCUUUCUCCUGGUCUGACAACACGAUUUCCCAGAGAGCUGUGCAACUAACCCUCCCUCUGGUGAAAUUGUUGUUUUCUGAGAAUAAGUUGUCUGACCAAGCCGCUUCUCACAUAAUUUGCUCCAUUCUGCACGGUCUCGAGGUUCAGGGUGAACAUGAAACCGCCAAUAUGGGAUUCACUCACCUAGGCGCCUCCAUUUACGACUUAAUGCGGCAACGAUAUCCAGUUUUAAGAGAGAUUUUGUUGAGCAUUCCUGGAACAAGCGUAGAUGAUGUUAAUCGUCUAGACGAAAAGAUCUUGAAUGCUCCAAAAGUUGGCAAAAAAGAGAAAGUUGUCCGAGAUGCUUUUCGUAAAAUUUCAAUGAAGAUUACCAAUGAAGGGACCAGUAAGCUCUUCAAAAAGAAAGUCAGCAUAAAGGAUCUACCUCCCAUUGAGAGAAAAAUGAAAGCUUCAUCUGCUAUGCUGGAAGGCAAUGAUGUUCAACACAAUGCUUUGGAUGUUUUAUUUGGAGACUCUUAAAUUACUUUAGAUUUUUUUAUUUUAACUACUUACACUCUUAAUUAAAAAAUUUCAUAUCAAGCAUAUAUAAAUAUUUGUUUCAUGGAUCAU